AUGUUUAAAAGACAUGCACAAGACUUCCUUUGCUGGAAUUGUUCCUUGAAACAAUGGAAAAAGGAGAAACGUUUGGUUCCCAUAAUUUCAUGUAAAUAUUCAACUGCCAUUAGGAUGGAUGAAAUUGCUUCACAAGAACUCUCAGCUACCACCAUUAGAACAUCAAAAACAGAAAAUAAUGCUAUUAAUUUGGCUUCCUUCACUGUUCUUCAUGCUGAAAAACAGCUUUUGAUGUUAGAUUUCUUUGGAAGCUUCAUAAUGUCUAAGUGA